UCUCUCUAUAUGCAAAAGCGAAAGGGCAUUUAAGACUCUAAGUCACCAUGGCUCGGCAGAAGGAUGACUUAUUUUUCUUUCUUUUCAUCUUCAUCCUCGCCUCAUUAUAUCCAUCUCAUGGUAAUUUCUCACAAGCAAACAACAAACAACCAAACUUCAGAAAUGCAAGUAGUUUUUCAUCAAUGCCAAACUUACCAUAUGACUACAUAGUGGUUGGAGGAGGAACAGCAGGGUGUCCAUUGGCAGCAACAUUGUCUGAAAAAUUUAGGGUUUUGGUGCUAGAAAGAGGUGGAUCACCAUAUGGAAAUGCCAACAUCUCACGCUUAGAAAAUUUCAACAUUAAUUUGGCACACUCCACACCAACCUCUCCUGUUCAAAGGUUCCUUUCAACUGAUGGUGUUUUCAAUCAUAGAGCAAGAGUUUUGGGUGGCAAUACUUGCAUCAAUGGUGGCUUCUACUCUAGAGCUCAGCCUAGUUUUGUAAGAAAUGCUGGAUGGGAUGAAGUGUUGGUGAAUGAGUCAUACAAAUGGGUGGAGGACAAGAUAGUCUUCUUGAAGGCAGCGGCGCCAUGGCAAAGUGCAGUGAAGGAUGGGCUCUUGGAGGUUGGAGUCACUCCCUUCAAUGGAUACACCUAUCAACAUAUCAACGGGACGAAGUUUGGCGGUUCGAUCUUCGAUAAUAAUGGCUUCCGACACACCGCCGCCGAUCUCUUGGCCGCUGGCAACCCUCGAAACCUUCAUGUUUUCAUUUAUGCCACCGUGCAAAAGAUCGUCUUUGAUACAAAAGAUACAAACCCCAAAGCGAUCGGAGUGAUCUUUAUCGACGAGAAUGGCAAUCAACAUGAAGCAUCUAUCAAAGCAAAUGAGCGAAGUGAGGUACUCUUAACCUCCGGCGCGAUCGGAACGCCACAAUUAUUAUUACUAAGCGGCGUCGGACCGGAGGAAGACUUACAAAAGAUGAACAUUACUGUGAUACUAAACAAUGAGCAUGUAGGAAAAGAGAUGGCAGACAACCCAUCAAAUAACAUCCAAAUCCCUACACCAGAGCCACAAAAGCAAAGUCAGCCUCAAGUAGUAGGCAUCACUACUAAGGGUUUCUAUGUUGAGUCCACCAGUGGCUUUGGCCAGAAUAAUGACAGCAUUAUCAUCGUCAAAGAUGGCAAUAUGUCCGAGUUAAAAGAGGUAUUCCGAGGAGGUUCUAUUUUCGAGAAAAUCAUAGGUCCUCUCUCCAAAGGAAACCUCAGCCUGAUUAACACCAAUGUAACCAGCAACCCGGCCGUUACUUUUAACUACUUUGCCGAGCCUGAAGAUCUCCGGCGAUGUGUCACUGGAGUUAGUUUGUUAUUAAAGAUUGCGAAAACGAGGCCUAUGAUUGAGCUGAUGGGGAAUUUAAGUUACACAGAUGAGAUGUUGUUGAACAUGAGUGUGAAUGCUAAAAUAAAUUUGAUACCGAAAAGUGGGAAUGAGACAAAGUCAUUGGCUGAGUUCUGCAAGAGAAGUGUGACAACUUUGUGGCAUUAUCAUGGAGGGUGUAUUGUUGGGAAGGUGGUGGAUAAGGAUUACAAGGUCAUUGGAGUUGGGAAUUUGAGGGUGGGCGAUAGCUCUUUGUUUGUUGAAUCCCCCGGAACUAAUCCUCAGGCCACUGUUAUGAUGCUUGGCAGAAUGAUGGGAGUGAAGAUGAUCAAAGAGAGAGGCAGGCUAGCUAGAGACCAUCACUACAAGAAACUAAUGAAUUACAAACCAAAAUUUAGAAACAAAAUUUUUUCCGUUUCUAAUUGUAACAGAUUAGAAACGGAAUCAAAAUCCGUUUCUAAAUUAGAAAUGGAAUAUAGUUCCGUUUCUAACAUAUAAACAACAUUUGACUCCGUUUCUAAUUAGUUUCUAAUUUAGAAAAUGAUCAUAAGUCUGUUUCUAAUUCUUUUCCAACUUAGAAUCAAAUUAAAAACAGACUCUAAGUCCGUUUCAAAUUU